AUGCAGAUAAGAAGAAUUCAAGGGGCAGAUGGGAAUUGGAUAGAAGAAGAAGAGAGAAUAAUUGUUGAAGCCAUUAGAUACUACACUGCUCUAUUUACAAAGGAAGAUGAUCCAAAAGAUUUUGAAAUUCUAAAUCACUUGCCCCGAAUGAUUUUUGAGGAUGAUAAUUUGUGGUUUGAAGCAAAACCAACUAAAGAAGAGGUGAAGGCAGUGGUUUUUCAACUAAAUGGAGAGAGUGCAGGAGGACCUGAUGGUUUUAAUGGUGUAUUUAUCAAGUUUGCUGGGAAAUUAUUGGAGAGGAUACUGAUUCAUGGGGGAUUGGUGUCAAAAUUAUCUGAUAUUAUAUCACUCAAUCAGUCUGGAUUUGUUAAAGAUAGAAGUAUUGUGGAGAAUAUACUGUUGACUCAAGAAAUUGUGUCUGAUAUAAGGCUGAGGACAAAAGAUGCAAAUGUAAUAAUUAAGCUGGAUAUGGCAAAGGCCUAUGACAGGGUAUCUUGGUUGUUCUUAACCAAGGUAUUUAGGCAGAUGGGAUUCUCAAAGAAGAUUAUAGACAUGGUUUACAGGAUUGUUAACAAUAACUGGUACUCUAUGUUGGUAAAUGGGCAGCAGCAAGGUUUCUUCCAAUCUCCCAGAGGAGUAAAGCAAGGGGACUCUCUUUCCCCUACUUUAUUUAUCCUAGCAGCUGAGGUCUUAUCUAGGAGUCUGAAUGCACUUCAUCAGAAAGUCCAGUUUAGGGUUUGGAUAAUGGAGAUUUUGAAGAAUUAUGAGCAGACUUCUGGUCAAAAUAUUAAUAUGGACAAAAGUAUUGUUUAUAUGCAUAAUAAUGUCACAGGGGACAUUAGUAUCACAGUUGAGAUUGUAACUGGCAUUAAUAGAAAAGAAUUUCCUUUUAUGUAUUUGGGUUGCCCUAUUUAUCAUUGUAGGAGGAAAAAGAAAUUCUUAAAUGCUUUGAUCCUUAAAAUCAUGAAUAGAUUACAAGGCUGGAAGGGUAAAAUGUUAUCCUUUGGAGGAAGGGCAAUUCUUACUAAACAUGUGCUUCAAAGUAUGCCAAUACACAUGUUGUCAGCUGUUAAUCCUUCUAUUAGGAUCAUUAGGCAAAUUCACAAGAUGUUUGCUCAGUUUUUUUGGAGCAAUACUAUUGGGGGCACGAGCAGACAUUGGGUGGCUUGGAAUAAAUGGUGUGUCCCAACUCCAGAGAGGGGCCUAGGUUUUAGAUCCCUUCAUGAUGUGUCUUUGGCACUUUUUUAUAAGCUCUGGUGGAAUUUCAAGACAAAACCUACCUUGUGGAGUGCUUAUAUGACCAACAAAUAUUGUAGGAAAGAACAUGCUAUAGUGGUAAAUCCAGGGGAUACUUAUGAUGAGAGAAUUCAGAAUGUGAAAGAAGUGGUAGUGGAGGAGAGGUGGAAUAGAGAAAAAUUGAUAGAAGUGCUCACUGAGGGCAUUAUUGAGCAUAUAGUAGAGAAUAUAACCCCAGCCAGAGAGGAAAGAGAUACUGAUAGACCAUGGUGGAUACCAGACACAAGAGGGGAAUUUUCAAUUAAAUCAACUUGGGAUUUUAUUAGGCUGAGGGGACCACAAGUGGACAGUUAUAGGUUCGUGUGGAUAAAGGGGUUGCCUUUUAAGAUUUCCUUUUUUCUUUGGAGAUGCUGGAAAUACAAAAUUCCUACAGAUGAUGUGUUAAAAGAUGAAUAUCAAUUUGGUGUCUAG